AUGCUGCGGACGCAGAGUGGAGCCGACCGGGCGAGCAGCCCGAAGGCGCAUCGCCCGCCGACGCGGCAGGUGCGCCCGCAGCGGCACGGGAGCAGGUCGAGCCAGCGCCCGCGAGACGAGCCCGAGCGAGCGCCUCCGCUCGCCCAGCAGCAGCAGCAGCAGCAGCAGCAGCAGCAGCAGCAGCAGCAGCAGCAGCAGCAGCAGCAGCAGCAGCAGCAGCAGCAGCGCCAUCGCUCGACGACGACGGCGACGGCGAUGACUAUCCUGCAGCGACGGGAGCAGCUGCGCGUCUUCGACGAGGACGGCGAGGACGUGACGCCCAAAACGCUCGUGCACCCCGAGUACGCGGCGACUAAGCGCACGGCCUUCGACGCGAUCGCGGCGCUGGCUUGGUCGGCGUCGGUGCUCGGCGCCCAGCCCCAGACCCGUAGGCCCAGCCUGGCCACCGUCUCGUCCUUUUUCUCGGUCUACACGUUGGACGAGAUCCUCGCGGCCAGGGCCGGGCAGCGCAGCGACAGCCUGCUCGGCUCGCCGGGCGGCUCCGCGCGCGGCCUCGAGCCGCCGCCGCCGCCGCCGGGGGACGGCGACAGCGACGCGCCCUCGCAGUACCACCUGUCCAGGAUCGAGUCGCGAGAGCGACUGUCGCCGGGACAGCGCGUGACGCUGCGCCUGCGCGAGACCGAGACGCUGUUCCUGUUCGAGCUGGCCCAGCUGACCGAGGACGCGGACACGGAGGCGGGCGCGGCGGCGCUCGCCGACAACCGGCGCUACGCGCGGCUGCGCGGCGGCGCCGGCCGCAAGAGCGUUCACGCCGAGAGCCAGACGCCGCAGGUCUACGCGAGGAGCAGGGCGAGCUGCGCGCCGCGCCAGGCGCGCAAGAACCGGGCGACCCACGUCAACGAUUGGGUGAUGCACGACGACCGGCAGGACCGGCAGGACCGGCAGGACCGGCAGGACCGGCAGGACCGCCAGCUGGCGCGGCUCGGCGAGCGCGCCGAGUUCGAGGAGGCGGCGCGCGUCGCGCUGCGCAUCCUCGCCAGCCGCGACUUCGGCGCGGCGCAGAGGCGCUUCGCCGGCCUCCUCCGCCAGGACCCGUGCGACCCGGGCCUGUGCCUCGUCUACGCCCCGGAGCUGCUUUGGCGGCACGUCAGCCCAAGGACCCGCGGCCGGGCCGUGGCGGCGUUCCGCUGGAACCCCGCCAACCGCAGCCUGCUGGCCGUGGGCUACGAGGCCCGCGGCGGCGCCGCGGACGACGGCCGCCCACGGGGAUCGGUGCUCGUCUGGUGCGCCAAGAACCCGGCCGAGCCGGACCGCUUCUACGAGUUCGAGAGCGCCGUCAGCGACCUCGACUGGAGCGGCACGAGGCCGCACCUCCUGGCGGUCGGCUUCCACGACGGCGACGUCCGCGUGAUCGACGUCAGCGGCAGCCGGCUGAGCGUGGCGUGGCGCGCCGGGGCCGGGCCGGCGCCCGCCUUCGAGCCCCACUGGCAGGUGCAGUGGUGGCCGGCGGACGACGAGCCGGGGCCAUCGCCGGCGCCUCGCGAGCAGCUGUUCACGAGCAACCGGGACGGCCGGAUCUGCUGCUACCCGCCCAGCGAGGAGUUCGCGGCUCGCGAGAUCUUCCGCUUGCAGCGGAUCGAGGGCAGGAUCCCCGGGGUGCCGAGGGUCGGUCACUGUCUCGCCAACGAGGUGCCGCUGAACAGGCAUCCGGGCGCGCUGCUUCUCCGCCGGUGGCCCGGUCGACCCGGCGGUUACCUCAUCGGCACCGACGAGGGCUGCGUGCUCAGAUGCUCCAUCGCUCAGCCGCACACUCAGGUCGGCGUUGCCUUUUUGGCGCACGACGGCCCGAUUUACAGCCUCGAGUUCUCGCCCUUCUGCGAUCGACUGAUACUCACUUGUGGCGCCGACUGGACCGCUAGAAUAUGGGCCGACGGUCUGGAGGAGCCGUUGCUCAAGUUCUCCACCAAGAUGGCCUGCGUCAAUGCGGCCGCUUGGAGCCCCUGUCAUUCCACGAUUUUCGCUUACGCCGUGGAGGACGAGAUAUGCAUCUGGGACUUGAGACGCAAGUCCCACGGACCGGCUUCGGUGACGAAGGUAGCAUCGUCCAAGACGACCGUCGUCAAAUUGGAAUUCACGCACAGCGGCGAGCAGCUUGUCGCCGCUGACGACCAAGGUGUCGUUCACGUGUACGGUCUUACGGGGAUGCCACUGCCUCCUCUCGACCAGACUCGGACACUCGUCGACGCUCUGCGCCAAGCUCUCGUUACCAAGCCCGAGCUUUUUAAGAAACUUCAGAAACUUGGCUCGCCUUUCGACAAGUCGUGA